AUGACGACAACUGUAGAAACACUAUGCCCGGCGGCCCCAUUCUGCGAAGCAGUGAAAUGUACUUUUUGUAGUGCAAACAUUCUCAACCCAGAAUGUUGGCCAAUCAGCGCAAUUUUUGCGAUGGUAGCCAUAAUUUACUUCGUGGUAACUGGAUGCUACGUUUUCCUAUACGUACCUUUAGUGAUAGGUCGACCACUUCGCUUGAUAGCAGCCAUCACGUGGAUGUCACUACGUGGAGUGUCACGCCUGAUCAAACGAUUUUUCUUCAAAAACGACCUAGUGAAUCGACGUCGACGUCUUGCUGAAGUUUUAGCAAUCCUGGGUACGGUGUUGCAAGUUACAUACGGGUGCCAAUUGGUCGAUGUUUUCGAUCACCACUCCACCAUGUGUACGAAUACCCCUUCCGCACCAUGCCAGGUCCAUCUUUCCGAAGUACUCAAGAUUAGUGCUUUCAAGCAAGAAGCCUGUAUACGCUUAUCACAUAACGGCACGAUGAUGCAUGAAAUUCGACUGACCUGGAAAUCGCUGGACCUCCUGUGUGAGCCGGUAACAGAUCUAUUUACAAGGGAUACAAUGUACAAGAUUGUGGACAGCAAGCGAUGUGCACACAAGGGCUCCUGCAGAGAUGAAAAGUGCGGUUCCAUAAAUACGUCAAGUCUUUUAGAGGAGUUAGAAGAGGGGAAUAGAUUUCCAGGAAAGACCAACUGUAUCGAAUCCUGCGGAGGCUUAGGAUGUGGCUGCUUAUCUUUGAGUUCCGGGUGCCUUCUUUAUCGAAUUUACUUGGUCCCUGUUAGUGAGGUCGUCUACGAGAUCUUUCACUGUGCAAGAUGGAGAGAAGCGGCCAAGAUACGGAUAUCUCACACCGACGGAACCAGGAAGGCCAUUUCGACCCUCACCACAAGCUUGGUGCCGAAUAUUUCCAAAAAGUGGAACGCUCUAAGUUUCACACUCACAUCACUAUCUAUGCCUCCAAUGUUCCUUCUUAAUACGCCAUUCAUUAUGGAUGAACACCGAACUGCCAUAUGGAGCCCUAAUGCAAGACCGGCUCUGCAGUGCCAAACCUAUACGCACGCUCAAAAUCUCACAUGCGCGGUUGUGGAAGACUGCAACUGCAGGCCCGCCGAGACAAGAAUGAACUGCGACUGUAGAGAUUUUUCCGUUGCGCAGUGGUUCAAGAAUAUCAAGAAACAGCUACCGGCCACCUUUAACUCGCUUACUUUUCAGCGGCAUGGGAAGCUGGUAGUUGCACGCGUCUCUAAUAUGGUCACCUCAGAAAUUGCAAAAACCCUGGAGGCGUCAUGGCAGUACUAUCUUACCAGCAACCAGAGUAUGAGUGCUUUUGAGAAGGUCAUACGUGCGUACCAGUUCCUGAAUGAUGCUACCGAAUUGAGAACCAAUACCCUGCGUUGGACCCAGAGAUUUCUUCUUCUCGACGCCAUCUACUUAAUUUUGGUCAAGUGUAAGGGCAUUACGGUAAAUCGAAGGGAGCAAUGGGAGCAUGGAAAUCGAAGUAAACAUGACGUAAAUGCAACGGAUUUGCGAGUCCUUGUGGAUGAUCGGCUGCUUCGAUUAGACAACACGAUUGCAGCCAUUCAGAAGCAUAAAUUCGAGCAAACAAUGGAACUAGCUCGAGAUGAAAGGCCAUCAGUUCGUCGAGUAGAGCUAGUUGAAUCUUCUACGAACACCCAGGUGGACAAGCUCGAAAAACAAACAUCCACAAACACUCUAUUCGAGACUGACGAUGCCUCCACCCGUAAAGGAAAAAAUCCUUCCGAGUCUGCGAUAGACUCCAGACUGAAGCAGCUAGAACACCAGAUGCAAGACAUGGUCAAGAAAAUGGAGUCCCACUCAACCGUGGAGCCUCAGUCAACGUCGCAAGGAAAACGUAGGCACAGCGCCGAUGAUGUAGCGUCGGAUCCAAAAAUCCAAGUGAUGUCUGACGACGAGUACAUGUGGAGGCUAAUUCUGGAAUCUUCGGGCAAUGACGAAGAUACCCAACCGGAAGAGGCAAAUAAUAAGGAGGAGCAAGGAGCAGAUGGUGAGGGAAGGCACAACGUUCCGCCAAGACGUUCACGAAGAGAAAUCGAAAGGGACCUCGAAGUUCUCAAAGAUGGACUUCGUCUCCUCCCUAUACGACGACUGGGCCGCUGGAUACCACGUCGGGGAGACGUGAAAAAGGCGAAGAAACCCGGCGUUUGCGCAUUCUGUUAUGUCAGAGAUGAACAUUUUUCCGAUUCAUGUCCAGAGGUCGUGGACGGAAACGAGCGGUUCCGUAUAAGCCAAGAAGAGGGAAGAUGCCAAUACUGCUUGAAGUUCGACUGUAACCCCGAAGACUGUCCCAACCGUAACAAAUUAUGCUGGUACUGCGACAUUGCAAUUAAGAAAAAUCUAGGGUUCCUCGUCCCUAGAGACGACGGUCAUCAUCGAUCACUAUGCACUGUUCCGGAGUCGAAGAAUCGCAUCCGUCAGGCCAUUCAAGAUGUCCAACUCGAACUGGAACAAGUGGCGAGAAAGUAG